AUGACUGAGAAGGUGCGCGUCUCUCAUAUUUUAUGUAAGCAUACAGGCUCGAGGAAUCCUGUUUCGAGGAGAACGUGUCAUGACAUUAGUAUUUCUCAUGACGAGGCAUUGAAAGAAAUUAAAGAUAUGAUUGAGAAGCUCAAAGCUGAUAAAAGUCUUUUCCCCGAGAUGGCCAUGGCAAGGAGCGAUUGUGGUUCGUAUAAGAACGGCGGGGAUCUUGGAUAUUUCGAUAGGGGUGAAAUGCAACGGCCCUUUGAGGAAGCCGCCUUCAAUCUGGAGGUUGGCGAGCUGAGUGGACCUGUGGAAACAGAAUCUGGGGUGAGCAAUACAACUAAAGACCCUUACAGUUCACGUACUCCUGCGCACCGGUUGAUAGCUCCAGUAGGAUAA